CCGGUCCUGGCACACGGUUUCCACGCCAGCAAGGGGGUGCCCACCGCAACGAUCCCAUCAGAUCAAAAGGGAAUUCCUGAGAGAGAGAGAGAGAGAGAGAGAGAGAGAGAGAGGAAUCCUUCUUCGCCAUUUCCGUCCAAGUGUUCCUUCCUUCCCCCGUGGAGUCGUGCCUGCCGGUUUAGGUGGGGCGGCGGGACGGGAGCCCGGCCGGCUGCGGCGGAGCUCGGCGCUCGAGUUCUCUUCUCUCCGUUCUUUCUGGUUUGAUUGAACCUACUAGAAGGGAAAGGAGGACAGCAUUUACUGUGUGAGUCAUAUAAGACAGCUUCCUUCCAUGAUGUGCUCAUGUAAAGAAACCAAGUACAAAUGAAGCACAAUGUUGUCCUUUGUUCGAGGAUUGAAGACAGGUAGCGCUGUGGUAGUUGCCACAACUGCGGGAAUGUUUCUUGUGUGUUUUGAGUCCCUCUGCCCCUGUUUUGGCUCAAAAGCGAAGGAUGGAAGCGAAGAUCAUGUUCUUUCAGGACAUUCCAAUUCCUUGAGUUCUUCUGAAAUGAGGUCAAUUUCUGAUAGAAUUCCUGCAAGCCCGCUUCGAAUACCUGCAAGUCCAUCUAGAUUUUCAUUGUCUUCGCCUCCAAGUGGAAACGAGCCGUUAAACCUGAGUCUUGAACAUGUUGUUAAACUGACGCAUAACUUCUCGCCAACCUUGAUGAUUGGCGAAGGUUAUUUUGGAAAGGUCUACAGAGCGGAGCUGCGAGAUGGACGUGUCAUAGCUAUUAAAAGGGCGAAAAAGGAACAUUUUGUUUCUUUACGUGCUGAGUUUAGCAAUGAAGUCACAUUGCUAAAAAAUAUUGAACAUAGGAAUUUGGUCCAAUUGCUUGGCUAUAUUGACAAAGCCAAUGAACGGCUUAUCAUAACUGAGUACGUAUCAAAUGGCACUCUUAGGGAACAUUUGGAUGGUCAACAUGGUCUAGUUUUGGGAUUUAAUCAGCGGCUUGAAAUAGCUAUAGAUGUUGCCCAUGGAUUAACUUAUUUACAUCUAUAUGCAGAGAAGCCCAUAAUUCACAGGGAUGUGAAGUCAUCAAACAUUCUACUCACAGAAUGCUUCAGGGCCAAAGUGGCCGACUUUGGAUUUGCAAGAACAGGUCCUACUGAGCCAGGACAGUCACAGAUUCAGACUGAUGUGAGAGGAACGGCUGGCUAUGUAGAUCCAGAGUAUCUGAGGACAAACCAUCUUACAAUCAAGAGCGAUGUGUUCUCCUAUGGUAUUUUGCUCCUAGAAAUUCUUUCAGGCCGUCGUCCUAUUGAGGUCAGGAGGGGUGCAACAGAAAGGAUUACAGUGAGAUGGGCUUUCAAUAAAUACAACAGAGGCAAUGUUAGGGACAUACUGGAUCCAAUGCUAACUGAAGCAAUAAAUGAGGAUAUACUGAACAGAAUCUUCGAUGUGGCGUUCGAGUGUGUUGCUCCUACCCGCGAAGACAGACCACACAUGAAAGAAGUCGUGGAGGGGCUGUGGAAGAUAAGAAGGGAUUAUACGAAAAUGCAAAGGAUAGCAGAAUUGACUCUCUGAAUACAUGAACCAUCUGAUCCUGGUUGCCCUUUUUGCUUGGGAGAACAUAAACCAGGUCCUGGUGGCUGGUGAAGACCGAAGAUUCCCACACAAAAUAAAUCAAAUUUUGUGAUUGUGAACCACUGGAAUUUUGUACAGGGUUGAAAAAUUGUUGUAUAUCAGCUCUAUGUUUAGGAGAUCAAUGUGCCGUACACUCGUACAGUGAGUGUGGCCUGCGAUUGAUGAUUUCCCUGAAUAGCCAUGAGCCCAUUGAUCAAUUUAAUCUGUUCAGCAAUCUGUAUCCUCAA